AUGGGGCCAAUGACCCGCAGGGCCCGGGCCUGUCCCCAGGCUCCAGCCACGGCAGAGGGGACAUGGCUCCACCGGCACCGGCCACUAACCAGGCCAAACCUUUCCAGGCACAUCAGCUUCUCCCCCCGUAGGUCUUCUUUGACCGGGACCCAGGAGUCCAGGGUGCAGCCCCCACAGGGAGACCCCGGGACAAACCUGGGGUUUAUCGUUGACCGCGUGAAGGGUGCUCCCCCAGGGGACGGGGUCCUCCGGCUGACCGGCUACCACCGGGACACGGGGCAGGUGAUCAACACCAGGAGCUCGGUAAUGACCUUCUCCACGACGCCCGUGAGAUCCAGCAUUAAACAAGGCUACUUCAUCUUCGGAGAGCAGGAGGUGAUGUUCCCAGACCUGCUGCCGCAGGAGGACAUGGUCCUGAUCACCCGCUUUUACCACUGGCCCAGCGGGAGCGUGGCCAUGGCCCCGUGGGACGCGGGCUCUGGAGGGGCCCAGCUGCUCCUGGACCGCGACGCUUGGGUGGCCGCGUGGGCCAUCCUCAGCUUGACCCGUGAGCUGCGUGGUCCCCCGCUGGCUCUUUCGCAUCUUGUCGUCGCAGGGCAGGGGAGGAAAGGGGACCGGCGAGCAGCUGUCUGGAGCACGGGGACCCAUGACCUGACCCUGUAUCACGGCCCCGUGCCUCCGGCCCGUGCGCUCAUAGCACUGCCCGAGGAGGGACAGCACCGCAGCUGGGAGCCGUACGGCGAUGCCACCGUGAGGCUGCACAUCUUCAGUGGCGAGAAGCCGGAGCUGCCUUUCCCCCCGGAGACCCCGGUCACGCUCGGCCGUGUGCUCGCCUGGCCCCGUGCUGCCUUCAUCCACCACGUCAGAGACACGCCGGCCGUGGAGCCCUUUGGCGCCAGGGAUGGCUUCCGCCUCUGCAUCGACGGGGCCCGCUACCUACCGGACGCUGCCACGAUCAGCCGCGUCGCCGGCCGCAUCCUCGACAGCAGCUACUGCCAAAUCGGGCCAGACAUUUCCACGGGGAUCGACCUGAACAGCAGCAUCUUCGAGCCGUCCUACAACUACAGCCUGGACGUCCGGGGCCUCGCGGUGCCGCCCUCUGCCACGCUCCUGCUGAAGCUCUACUCCACAGACUGGUUCAGCCGCCGGCUCGUCGUCCUCGGCUGGGCAGCGCUCAACCUCUUCGUGCAAGCCGGGACGUGCAAAGCCCCCCCGGCCGAUGCCACGAGGAGCCGGGUCUCCCUGAACGACGGCCCCCACCAGCUGCGCCUCUACCACAGCGGCCCCGACACCACCCAGCCUCUCUCCACGGACAGCCUCAGGGCUGGCGGACGGUAACACCGGUCACCUCCACCCUCCCCUGCCUCCCUCCGCGUCCUCAGGGAGGUCCUGCCCUUUGCCCUGACCCCAGCACCGCUGCCCCCUCCAAAGGUACGUGCCGUGCGCCAGCCUGCUGGUCCGGCUGCUCCCGGCCCCCCGGGAGCCCAGAGUCCUGGAAGGGAGCGUGGCGGCGCCCUGGGAAGACCUCGUCCAGCCCCGGCCCGACUACGCCGACGGGGUCUAUUACUCGGACGCAGCCAGGCCCACUGCCGGGGAGAGCGGCCUCUUCUCCGCGCUGGAAAGCAGGUCUGUGGUGCUGGUUCGGGAGAUUGUCCCCCAGCUCAUUGGAAACCAAGGCCCGGUGCCACGGACGGACGAAGACAUCGCUGCUUGGAUUGCCCAGAAGCUGAGCAGGACGCCAGACAGCAGCCCUCAGCCCUUCAGCCUCACCUACGUCUCCCGCUACCUCCCUGCCUGCGGCAUAAAGGUCGCGGUGGACGGCGCCUGGAACCUGCCCUGGUCCGGCUUGACGCUGGCUCAUUUCUGCUUCAACCCACCCGGGGCUUUUUACUUCGGGAAACGGUGGCUGAAGUACGAUCGUCCCGUCUUCCUGGAGGCGCUCGACCUCGACAGCUACCAGAAGUGGCCCGCGUGGCUGGACGGGUUCAAGGCAAGCAUCGCCUGU